AUGGCAAUCCCUGAAUCCCAGAAGAUACGACUGGUCCGCAUCGCCCACGUAUGGUACAAGCAUCAAGACAUUGAGAAGGCCAAGGCCUUUGCCGUGGACUUUGGUUUCUUUGAGACAGCUCAGGUCGGAAAGACAACAUUCUUCCGCGGCUACGGCACAGAGCCAUUUGUGUUAGCCCUCGAGGAGUCUGACAAGAACGAAUUUGGUGGCGCGGCGUUUGUGGUCGAGUCCGAAGAGGAUCUCAUCCGUGCCAGCAAGAUUCUCCCCCCAGAAUGCAGGGCCACAGAGGUUCACGAGAUGAAAGAUGUUCCCGGUGGUGGCAAGAGGGUCACGUUCUACGAUCCCGUUGAUAGCUUCCCCUUCCACUUGGUCUAUGGCCAGACACAGGUCCCCAUGGAGGAUCCCGGGUUUCCAAAGCUCAAGUUCAACUAUCCUGUCGAGAAGAACCGUGAAGUCAAUACGUUUCAGCGCUUCAAGAAGCGGCCAGCCCCUAUCCACAAACUCGGCCACUUUGGCAUGUGUGUGACCAACUUUGCGAAAUGCUUCGAGUUCUACUCAAGUUUCUUCAAUUUCUUUCCCAGCGAGCUCGUACAUAACGAAGAGGGCCGUGACAUUACGGUGUUCUUUCGUCUUGACCGGGGCGAUGAACUUGUCGACCAUCACAUAUUCUUCUUUUUUGAGGGUCCCAAGUCGCAUGUACACCAUUCCUCUUUUGAGACGCAUGAUUUUGAUGCUCAAGUCCUCGGCCACGACUGGCUGCGGUCCAAGGGAUGGACGAACUGCUGGGGUGUUGGCAGGCACAUUAUGGGGAGUCAAAUUUUCGAUUACUGGUUUGACCCUGCUGGCUUUAUCAUGGAACAUUAUGUCGAUGGCGAUUUGCUCGAUAUGAGGGAGCCUACGCACCGGACCAAAGCGUCUCCAGAUAACCUUCAUGUUUGGGGACCUGACGUCCCUCCUACAUUCCUCUCUUGA